AUGGAUCGCAGCAAGGAAAACAAACGACGCCACGAUCGCCACAAUGAGAAUGAAGAAUACAGGGAUAAGAGAUCUAGAAAGCGUCGCUCAAGAUCACGAUCUCGAAAUGAUGAUCGCUCGAAAGAAUCUAGAAGAAAAAGAAAUCAUUCCAGGUCGAGGUCUCCCGCUGCUGGAGACAGAAAAGAUAGACGUCGUAACGACGCGCCAAAAGAUGUUCCAAAUAAAACAGAUGUACCAUCAGCCCCCAAGAAAGCUAAAGAAACUGAUAUGUUGAACACUCGGACAGGAGGAGCGUAUAUACCGCCGGCGCGUCUUAGAAUGAUGCAAGCUCAAAUAACCGACAAAUCAUCUGUGGCAUAUCAGAGACUGGCUUGGGAAGCGCUAAAGAAGUCUGUGCACGGACAUAUAAACAAGAUAAACGUUGGCAAUAUUGGUAUCAUUAUUAAACAACUUCUGAAAGAAAAUAUUGUUCGGGGUCGUGGUUUGUUGUGUCGAUCCGUUAUACAGGCACAAGCUGCCUCACCAACAUUCACAAAUGUGUACGCCGCUUUGGUUGCAGCAGUGAACUCGCGUUUCCCUAAUAUAGGUGAACUCUUGCUUAAAAGGUUAGUUAUACAAUUCAAGAGAGGUUUCAAAAGGAAUGAUAAAUCAACCUGCAUAUCAUCAGCAUCAUUCAUAGCCCACCUGGUGAAUCAAAAAGUAGCACACGAAAUACUCGCUCUAGAAUUAUUGACAUUACUUGUAGAAACACCGACGGAUGAUUCCGUGGAAGUUGCUAUUGCAUUUUUAAAGGAAUGUGGACAAAAACUAACAGAAGUAUCAUCUAAAGGUGUUAAUGCUAUAUUUGAAAUGUUACGAAAUAUUCUACAUGAAGGGAAAUUAGAUAAAAGAGUACAAUACAUGAUAGAAGUGGUGUUUCAAGUGUGGAAGGAUGGAUUUAAAGAUCAUCCGGCUGUGAUUGAGGAACUGGAGCUGGUGCCCGAAGAAGAACAAUUCACACACUUGCUGAUGUUAGAUGAUGCUACCGAUGCACAGGAUAUACUGAAUGUAUUCAAAUUUGAUGACAAAUAUGAGGAAAAUGAGCAGAAAUAUAAGGCAUUGUGUGGUGAGAUAUUGGGAUCGGAUGCUGAGUCCGGUGAAGAUGAUGGUUCUGAGGAAUCGGGCAGUGAGGAGUCUGACGAGGAAGAUGAAAAACAGAAGGAAGUCACAAUUAUUGACAACACAGAAACUAACUUAGUAGCUCUAAGAAGAACUAUAUAUCUUACGAUAAACUCUAGUUUAGAUUUUGAGGAGUGCGCACACAAGCUGAUGAAAAUGCAAUUAAAACCUGGCCAAGAAGUUGAGCUAUGUCACAUGUUCCUUGACUGUUGCGCGGAACAGAGAACCUAUGAAAAGUUCUAUGGUCUACUCGCACAACGUUUCUGUAACAUCAACCGCAUUUAUAUCGGCCCAUUUGAGGAAAUCUUCAAAGAUUCUUAUGCCACUGCUCAUAGGUUGGACACCAAUCGCUUAAGGAAUGUUAGCAAGUUUUUCGCACAUCUCCUUUUCACUGAUUCAAUAAGCUGGGAAGCAUUGGAGUGUGUCAAGCUGAAUGAAGAGGACACAACAAGUUCAAGUAGAAUUUAUAUCAAGAUACUUUUCCAAGAACUAGCUGAGUAUAUGGGAUUGAAGAAAUUGAAUGAUCGCCUCAAGGAUCCGACACUACAGCAAGCCUUUUCAGGAAUAUUCCCAAGGGACAACCCAAAGAACACUCGGUUCUCCAUCAACUUUUUCACAUCAAUAGGUUUAGGAGGCUUAACAGAUGAACUGAGAGAACAUUUGAAACAGAUGCCAAAGAAUGUGCCGCCACCCAUCACUGAGAUAAAUAUUGACAGUGAAUCAAGUUCAGACUCGAGCUCUAGUUCCAGCAGCUCAGACAGCAGCAGUUCCAGCUCAAGUGAUUCAAGUUCUAGUGAUUCAGAGGCUGAAAACAGCAAAAAACAGAAAAAAACGAAGAAAAAGACUAAAAAUAAAACACCGAAAACUCCAGAACCAGAAGAACAACCCAAGAAUAAAGAAUCAGAUAAAACAGAACGAUGGGGGCAUGAUGGGUUUUAUGACACUUACGGGAAAGACGCCAGGAGAAAUGAAGUUAGUUUUGGAAGGAAUGGGAGGGAGAAAGGUGAACAUACUAGAAGCAGACGCGACUAUCAGAAUGGAGAAGAGAGGAACAAGAAUAACGAUAGGAGGAACGAACGAGAACAAACUGGUAGAAAUAGGGGCAGGGAAGAAUAUAGGGACAUGGACAAAGAACGGGUUGGAGAACAUCAUAAGAAAGAUAAAGGGAAUAGAGAUAGAGACACCAACAACCGUUAUGAUGAUGAUGAAAAUGAUUUUAAUAAGAGACGUCACGAGCGAGACUCACGGAGAGACAGAGACGACACGAGAUCAAGAAGAAACGGAAAAGAAACAGAAGAACAUCGAGAACGAAAUGAUCGUGAAAAGGAAAACGGAAAGAAAGAUAAAAAACGUUACGACCGUGAAGACGAGAGGGAGACUCGAAAGAAGAGAGACGAACAGGAGAAAGAGAAUAGAACAAGAGAUAGAGACGGCGAGGGAAGGAAACGACAGGAAGGAGAAGAUGGCACGAACAAGAAGAGUGAAGGAAACGAUGAGCGGCAGACAGAGAGAAGGAACAGACGCGGAGAAGACGACGGAGAUAGAAGGAAACGAGAGAAGGAUACAAGGAGAGACAAGGAUAGAAACACACCCGACACUAACACAAGUAAACGACGUGAGGCCCGUGAGACAGAGACGGGAGAUAAAAACGAAUAUAAAACAAAAGACGACAAAAACAAUGAAGAUGUUAACUGUCUCGGCUCCCGGUACUGGGACACGUUUGAUGUUCAGAGUAAAAAUGAUACGACUAAAGAGGAUGACAGCUUCGAAGCCAGGACUCCUGAGAAAAACGAAAAGUACUAUGAGAGAAGACGCGAGCGAUGA